AUGGCGGCGGCGUGCGCACCCCCGGCCAGGCCCAGCCUCACGUCCAUCUCGUCGGGGGAGCUGCGCAGCCUGUGGACGUGCGACUGCGAGCUGGCGCUGCUACCCGUGGCCCAGCUGCUGCGCCUGCUGCCCGGCGCCCUCCCGCUGCGCGGGGACCAGCCCGCAGCGCCCUGGGCUGGGGAGACGGCCGCCGCCAGCGGGGGCUUCAACGUCUUCGCCGACGGCCUGGUGCGCGUGGACGGGCAGCUCUGCCGCCUCGGCCGCUACAUCAAGAGGUAUGUGGAACUGACCAACUACUGCGAUUAUAAGGACUACAGGGAGACUAUACUGAGCAAACCGAUGCUGUUCUUUAUCAAUGUACAGACCAGAAAAGACACCUCCAAAGAAAGAACAUAUGCCUUCCUUGUUAACACAAGGCACCCUAAGAUAAGAAGACAGAUAGAGCAAGGGAUGGACAUGGUCAUUUCCUCAGUGAUUGGAGAAAGCUACCGGCUCCAGUUUGAUUUUCAAGAAGCAGUAAAGAAUUAUUUCCCUCCAGGAAAUGAGGUGGUUAAUGGAGAAAAUUUGAGCUUUGCCUAUGAGUUCAAAGCUGAUGCAUUAUUUGAUUUCUUCUAUUGGUUUGGGCUCAGCAAUUCCACUGUAAAGGUGAAUGGAAAAGUUCUGAAUUUGUCAAGUACAAGACCAGAAAAGAAGGAGACAAUUAAAUUAUUUCUGGAAAAAAUGAGUGAACCAUUAAUUCGAAGGAGCAGUUUCUCUGACCGAAAAUUCAGUGUAACUUCUAGAGGUUCAAUAGAUGACGUUUUUAACUGCAGUCUGUCACCCAGAUCAUCUUUGACGGAGCCUCUUUUGGCAGAAUUACCAUUUCCAAGUGUUCUGGAAUCUGAAGAGACACCUAACCAAUUUAUCUGA